AUGAAUUACAAAGUGUUAGAAGCUAUAACUGAUCGGGUUCUGGCCUUGCCUCAUAUACCAGAGGUGGGCUCGAGCAAUCAGGCAUCACCAUCAGGGUCUGUGGGCGUAGCCGUGGCUUCAGCUUCAGAAGGAGUGGACAUACAGGUUGGUGUCCCUUUGGUGAGGCGGAAUGUACUUACAGAAGUAAAGUUGGCCGAGCUUCGGACAGAGUAUAGUGUUCCACCUUAUGUGGGCUUGAGGUUACCCACUGCAGUUGAUGUGGUUAGAUAUCCUUCGGAAGGUUCGGUUAUGAUUUUUAUAGAUAUGUACCAACAUGGCUUCAGACUACCGUUUCAUCCCUGGGUGCAGAUGAUGUUAGCCAAGCUGGGGUAUGCGCCGGGGCAAUAUAAUCCCAACUCUUGGAUUCUUCUACAUGAGGUUUACAUUGCUUGGUGGUUGGCUGGGUUGGGGGAGCCAACAUUUGAGCAGUUUAUGUACUUGUAG